AUGGCACCUGAGGCCACUAAUACACAUACGCCUGCAAGUCGUAGAAACUCCUCGUUGCGAAUGACGGUCAAUGACCUGGAGCCCAUAUGUACUCUGGGCACGGGAUCCUUUGGCCGCGUGUUGCUGUGCAGAUAUACCCGUUCAGAUACAAUUCCGUUCAUUGCGCUGAAGAUAAUGGCCAAGAACAAGAUUAUAUCUAGCAGACAGGUUGAGCACGUGCGGAACGAACGGUCGCUAUUGGGAUUGGCCCGACACCCGUUCUGCGUAGCCCUAUACUCCGCUUUCCAGGACACUGUGAAUGUGUAUAUGGCCUUGGAAUACGUAAGAGGCGGAGAGCUCUUCCGAUUUAUGCAGAAACAACAGCGAUUGCCGUCGAACGUGGCCAGGUUUUAUGCCAUUGAAGUCUUCCUGGUCAUCGACUUCCUGCACAGCAACCAUAUUAUAUACAGAGAUUUAAAACCGGAAAAUAUCCUUCUAUCUCAUGAUGGACACAUAAAGCUCACCGAUUUUGGAUUUGCGAAAUAUGUACCUGACCGCACGUGGACGUUAUGCGGGACUCCGGAGUAUCUUGCACCCGAAAUCAUUCUAUCUAAAGGACACGGAAAAUCAGUGGACUGGUGGGCCUUUGGUAUUUUGAUAUAUGAAAUGUUAGUUGGGAAUACACCGUUUGUUAUGGAGUCGCCAAUGAAAAUAUAUGAGAAAGUGCUAUCUGGCAGUAUACCGAAUUCACCGCUGCUGGACGAGUGUGAGCGCAAUCUGUUGUCGCACCUGCUUGUAAGUGAUCUCACGCUACGCUACGGGUGUAGGCAACGGGGUUCCUCUGAGAUCAAAGAGCAUCCCUGGUUUGCGGGCACACAAUGGGAUGCUUACUUAUAUCGUUCGGUGACUCCGCCCUAUUUCCCUGCAGUGGCCGGCCCUUCAGAUGCAUCCAAUUUCGGACAUUUUCCGGAACCCUCACUACAAGGAAAUUCAGAUGGGGUCGAUCAGUACGGACAUUUGUUCCCAGGAUUCACGUCCGAUCAAAGCAACGCAUUUGGUGAAGUCAAAGUAGCAUAA